AUGGAUGGGCCGAGCGGGCUUAAGGGCUGGCGCCCAUGGGGGCGCCAGAAACAGUCGCCCUUCCUCCAGCGAACCCUGCGAUCACCCACCCCGCUCGCCGCCGCCCCCGGACGCGAGAAUCGCUUGCUGCCUUCGCUGCCCGCCACGCCACGCCGCACGCCCGCGCCCGCGCCCGCGCCCUGCGCCCGCGCCCGCGCCCCGCGCCCGUUCGCACCCGCGCCCGCGCCCGCGCCCGCGCCCGCGCCCGCCGGUCACGUGCCGCCGCUGCUGGAACCUCUUCGCUGCCUCCGCCUUCACACUCGCCGCGUACCUCCGUCACUCGCACAUUCAGCUCUUCCAGUGUUGUCGGUACCGCAGACCUCGCUCGUGGCCAUGUCCUUCUCCGUUGCGUCUGUCCCGAAGGUGGCGGUGGUCGCCGUGGCGCUCCUGGUGGCAGUGCUGGUAGGCGGCACCCACGCGCAGACCACGGAUUCCGGCAUCAUGAACUCCUUAAACACCAUCUUUGCCCACACCGCCCGCAGAAUCAUCCAAGAAAUCUGCACAGUCGUCCCAGAGGAACUCUGCAAUGUGAUGACCCAGGUUUCGGAAGCCAUCAUAAACGCGUUUGUCUCUACAACAUCCUGAAGACCACGACGAAAUUAAGAUUAUGACAAAACCGAAGGAUGGAACAUCAGAAGCACAUCAGAAACUGUACAUAAUUUGAUUUUUUCGCAAUUAUUGUUGAAAUAAACAUUUUUAAAGAA